AAAACAUUUAAUAUUCAUAAUUCGAGUGUGCAAAUCGAUAUUGUGGCAUUUUUUAACUAUAAUAUUCGUUUAUUUAUUUUGCAGUGCAGCCCUGCGCGUUUAACUGUGGCUAUCUCCAUCCCUAGAAUUCGGCGUCCUCUCAAAGAAACUGUAAAAAACCAAGACGAAAGUAGUAAAAAUCAGAAGAAAAUUUGUUAUAGAAAAACUAUAAAGCUGAUACUGCCCACGAAACUCAACUUUGAAGCGGAUUACUUUGUCAAAUACGAUUCGGCACAGAGUAUAACAUUUAGCCAGAGGUUUGGCGAAGCCGGAUAUCGAUGGGGGCUCCCACCACGACGAUGCCGACAUAGAGCUGUUUGACAACGAACAUUUCACAACAGAUGAUCCUGUCAUGAACCGAAUGUCGGCAGCGGGCAUUGAAAAUACCAUGGACAUGAUGAAUGAGGAUUCAUGUGAGGAUAGGCUCAAUCAAAGCCAAAGCAUCCAUGAGGAUGACGAUACAAUCUUGGAGAUAUCCACCGAAUUUAAGGAGGCACCAAGACAGGUCACCAAAGUAAUUGUGCCAUUGGCGAAGCGUGCCAAGGUGAUCGACAUAAAAAAUCUCAAGAAAUGCUGCCAUUCUGUGAUCCAGAAACAGCUCCUGAAUCCUGUCGAUGAGGCAUCGGUACCCUCCCACCCAGUGCCAAAGGAAGAAAGCUACGCGAAGGGUACCGCCAGCUUCCAGGAGGUUUACCGAUCCUUGCCUGAUGUCUUGAGUGACAAGAUGAAAGAUUCUCUGUCCCCAUCGGUGGCCCUCUAUGCGGUUCUCCAUUUGGCCAACGACAUGAAACUGCGACUCAUUCCGCAAGAGAAUCUAGAGGAUUUUCAAAUCCGGCAAGUUCUGGAUGACGAAGUUUAGUGACGAACAUUUUAAAAUACUGUCUUUUUAGAAUACUGAUAUAAUGCUAGAAGUAAUCAAUCUCCACACAAUUUUAAACACAUUUUCAUGCACCAAAACAUACAAAAAACUAAACGAAACGAAGCAAGGCUCAUUUCUAAUGUGUUUUUGGAUGAUUUUUUAAUUCCAUCUCUCAAACGGUUCUAAGUCAUAAGAUUUACAACAGUUGAAAUGUGUGUGCUACCAUAUUAACAAUAAAUUAAUAUUUUUGAGAGCA